GCUUACAUCCGUUGCGAUUGUGUGCAACACAAGAUAUAUAAUAUUUCUUGUUAUUGUUCAAAGUUCGACCUCAGUACUCUAUAUGGUCUGAUGUGAAUAUCAUGAAAAAUCUGUCUACUAACCCUUUUCUUUGUAAAGAAAAUGUCUCGUCAAAUCGUUCUCAUGACCGGCUGCUCAGCGGGUAUUGGUCUUGCCACAGCUAAACGUCUCUCACUGGACCCCGAUCAGCGAUACAUCGUCAUCGCUACCAUUAUCGCGAUGUCGGAGAAGAACGAUUUGGUAACUGCUGUAGGGGACGCUCUAAACAAAACAAUUUUUAUUGAGGAAUUAGACGUGACGAGGGAUACUGACAUCACAACUGUAGUUGAGAGAACCCUCAAAGAAUACGGGAGAAUAGAUAUCCUUCUCAAUAUCGCCGGUAUCUGCUCCGUCAAUAUUCCUGAGCUGGUGCAGAGGGACGUGAUGGAGAAGAUGUUCAACGUGAAUGUGUUUGGUGCGAUUAGACUCACUCAGGCAGUCUUACCUCAGAUGAAACGAAGAAAGGCGGGAAAGAUCAUCGUCAUCUCAAGUAUAGUAGGACGAACAGCAUGGCCCUAUUUUGAAGUAUACAGUUCGAACAAAUUUGCAUUGGAAGGAUACUUUGAGGCCCUUGCUGUUGGUUUACGUGCAUUCAAUAUCAGGGUUUGUCUCGUCGAGCCUGGAGGAGUUAAAACUCAUCUAUUGAGAGAAUCAAUAAAAAGCGUCGAACAUCUACUCCAAGACGGUUCCAUCGAAGAAAACGAUCGUCGUCAGCUCGAAAGAUUGAUGGGUAUAAUCGUCGCAGAUAAGGGCCCCACCGGGUGCUCCACCAGUGUCACGUCUGAUACUGUCGCCGAGGCCAUAAUGACAAGGUGUAUUGACUUGGAGAAACCGGCGUUGAGGCAUUUCCUUGCAGAGGUGUUUUAUGAGAACGUACAAGCAGGGCUGGCAGACAUGACUGGAGAGAAAGCUGUCGCAAGGUCGCAGAGAAUGCUCUGAUUUCUACACAUCUACAUUUAAACAGAAGUUCCCUAAUGUAUGGAACAUUACAAAUUUUCUUGUAAUGAAAGUAUUUUCUCCCCUUUUUUAA